AUGCUUCACUUACUCGGCGUUCUCGUAUUUUUGUCUGUUGGUGCUCAAUUUGCGGAACCGUUUUUCUUCGGUGGACUAGGUUGCUCAUCCGGUUGUUGUUGUCAACCGCCGCCCCCACCGCCGCCAAUUUGCUUACCACCACCGCCGCCGCCAUGUCCAAUGCCGCUACCAUGCCCGCCGCCACCACCACCAUGCGCCUGCGCUCCACCCGUCUUCCAGCCGUGUAUGAUGCCACAAAUGGUGCCACGAUGUGGUUGUGGAUGCGGACGUAAACGAAGAUCGCUGAAGUUCACCAAUUCAACAAUUGAUAUGUAA